CCAUAGGGACAAAUCUUCCUUAUAUAUAAGAAGCCUUUCACUCAUACUGACCUCUCUCUAGUGUGGAGUAUUGACGAUGGCUCAACCCAACAAAGCACCUUCUUCCUCUCCGGUUUGUGUGAUAGGGUCUCACUUCAUGGUACCACAACAACUCGAUCUUAUAGUUGAUAGAAUUUCAAGCGGAAUCCUUUUGAUUACAGAUAUUAACCAUAAAAUCAUCUUCAAAGUGAAACCAUGCGAUUCAUUCAUUCAUGAGCGGCGAGUACUACUCGAUGUUGAUGACCAACCCAUCGUUGCGAUGCGCGAUAAGAGCAUGACUGUACACGAUGGAUGGUAUGUAUUCAGGGGUGACAGUAGAAGCAAAUCGGAUAUGAUAUUUACCACAAAAAAACCUCGCAUGAUCCAGCUGUUUAAAAGUGAUGUAAAUGUUUUCUUGGCAAACAAAACCUGUUCUAAAAAUGUUUGUGAUUUCAAGGUCAAAGGAAGCUGGUCGAAGAGAAACUGCACUAUUUAUAUGGGAGAUACUUCAACCACAAUAGCCCAAAUGUCCAAACUGCAGUCAUCGGAAAAUAUUGUAAAGUUCGUUAAUGACAAAUUCAAGGUGAGCAUUUCUCCCAAUGUGGACGUUGCGUUUGUGAUCACAAUUAUAGCAAUUGUUGAGGCUAUGGAAAACUCUGACACAAACAAUAAAGGUGCUGUGCAAGUUCUUGGAGGUGUGACUAAAGUUGUUGGCCCAAUACUCCUUUCAUAGUCAUAUUAGUUGCAUUCUCUACUCCUAAAUUCUUCGAAGGAUCAACGGCUUACCCGGCAAUUCAUAUCAUCUUUUCACAUCGUGAUGUAUAUGGUAUGAUUACCAUGAUAGGCUCUUAAUUGUGUUAAUUAGAAGCAAUUAAGUUAUAAUCUGGACAUGCACAUGUUAGUUGUCUUCUAGUGCUGAAGAAUAAAUUCUGCUUAGGAAAAAUUUUGAAGUUUGUGUAACUAUAUAGAAUAUUCAAAAGUAUCAAACAUUGUAAUAUAAAUAUCUAGCAAUAGUCCAGAUGUAUGUGUUCAGCAAUACUUCCUAUAUAUUGUUUUAAGUCCUUACAGUCAA